GACGCGGAGGCUCCCCCGGGACUCGGCCUCAGCAGCGAGGCGGCGGCGGCGGCGGCGGCGGCGGCUGCGGAGGCGCAGGCAGCAGCUGAGGCAGCGGCAGGCUCAGGUGCAGCCGCUGAGUGAAGACAUAGUCCAGAGAGGGAGGUAUAAAGCUACAGGAAGCUAAAGCUGUGUGUAUUUGUGGAUCAGACAAGUGCAGCAAGUUAAUAUCAUUGGCUUCUGAAGGGGAGAGUGAGGUGAUGGCUGCGUUUAAGUUGGAUUUCCUUCCAGAAAUGAUGGUGGAUCAUUGCUCUUUGAAUCCCAGUCCUGUCUCCAAGAAAAUGAACGGCACCCUGGACCACCCAGACCAACCAGAUCUUGAUGCUAUUAAGAUGUUUGUGGGCCAGGUUCCGAGGACCUGGUCUGAGAAAGACUUAAGGGAACUCUUCGAACAGUAUGGUGCUGUCUAUGAAAUCAACGUCCUAAGGGAUAGGAGCCAAAACCCUCCUCAGAGCAAAGGGUGCUGUUUUGUUACAUUUUACACCCGUAAAGCUGCAUUAGAAGCGCAGAAUGCUCUUCACAACAUGAAGGUCCUCCCAGGGAUGCAUCAUCCUAUACAGAUGAAGCCUGCCGACAGCGAAAAGAACAAUGCAGUGGAAGACAGGAAGCUGUUUAUUGGUAUGAUUUCCAAGAAGUGCACUGAAAAUGACAUCCGAGUCAUGUUCUCUUCAUUUGGACAGAUUGAAGAGUGCCGGAUAUUGCGGGGACCCGAUGGCCUGAGCCGAGGUUGUGCAUUUGUGACUUUUACAACAAGAGCCAUGGCACAGACRGCUAUCAAGGCAAUGCAUCAAGCACAGACCAUGGAGGGUUGCUCAUCCCCCAUGGUGGUAAAAUUUGCUGAUACACAGAAGGACAAAGAACAGAAGAGAAUGGCCCAGCAGCUCCAGCAGCAGAUGCAGCAAAUCAGCGCGGCAUCUGUGUGGGGAAACCUUGCUGGUCUAAAUACUCUUGGACCCCAGUAUUUAGCACUUUAUUUGCAGCUCCUUCAGCAGACUGCCUCCUCUGGGAACCUCAACACCUUGAGCAGCCUCCACCCAAUGGGAGGGUUAAAUGCAAUGCAAUUACAGAAUUUGGCUGCAUUAGCUGCUGCAGCUAGUGCUGCUCAGAACACACCAAGUGGUACCAAUGCUCUCACUACAUCCAGCAGUCCUCUCAGUGUACUCACCAGUUCAGCAGGGUCUUCACCUAGCUCCAGCAGCAGUAACUCUGUCAACCCCAUAGCCUCACUUGGAGCCCUGCAGACAUUAGCUGGAGCAACAGCUGGCCUCAAUGUUGGCUCUCUGGCAGGGAUGGCUGCUUUAAAUGGUGGCCUGGGAAGCAGUGGCCUUUCCAAUGGCACUGGGAGCACCAUGGAGGCCCUCACCCAGGCCUACUCGGGUAUCCAGCAAUAUGCUGCUGCAGCGCUUCCCACUCUGUACAACCAGAAUCUCUUGACACAGCAGAGUAUUGGUGCUGCUGGAAGCCAGAAGGAAGGUCCAGAAGGAGCCAAUCUGUUCAUUUACCACCUGCCCCAGGAGUUUGGAGAUCAGGAUCUGCUGCAGAUGUUUAUGCCCUUCGGGAAUGUCGUGUCUGCCAAGGUUUUUAUAGACAAGCAGACAAAUCUGAGCAAAUGUUUUGGUUUUGUAAGUUACGACAAUCCUGUCUCGGCUCAAGCUGCCAUUCAGUCCAUGAACGGCUUUCAAAUUGGCAUGAAGAGGCUUAAAGUGCAGCUCAAACGUUCGAAGAAUGACAGCAAGCCCUACUGAGCGUGCUCCCCUCUGAGACUGGAGUGAGAGGGUCUUCUGAUUCCUGCCGUUUGUUCAUCGUUGUGCCUAAAGCAUGUCGAUGUGGCGUCAAGUACAUCGUCCAAAUCCCUGUCUCUUCAGCUUCUCUGAUGCUUGAACUCUCACCUUUGACCUUGUGUUGACCUUUGAUGCUGACGUGUAUUUUUAUUAUGUUUGUUUCUUUCUUUGUUUUUUUUCUUUUUUCUUUCCUUUUUUUUUUCCCUUUUGUGCUGCCAAAAUUGGUUUUGCUAGAACGACUGCUGAAGGGGAAAUAUUUAAACUUGCAUUUGAAUAUAAAAAAAUCUAUUUUUCUAGAACUUCAUAAGAUAACCACUUGAUUUUGUGAUUCCAAUUCUUUGUAAUUGUCUUCAGAGCAGCCCUACUAGCACAUACCGCGUGGUGUUUGUAUUUCUGUGAACACACAGCCAGUCCGUUUCUAGGCUUUGUUUCUCUGUGUGCUUAGUUUUAAAGACAACUUUGAAGUAAACAAUGAAAUAAACGAUGUCACUAAAACCUUUGAGGCUCCUGAGCACAUUUUGCUGACAUAGUUUGUGGGGCUUGAGGAGACGCAUGUGUUGCUUUUAUUUUUGUUUUUCUGAGUUCUCAACUGCAGCAAACACCUGAACCCCCCACCCCUUUCUUUCUGACUGCAGUUUGGGCCCCAGCCAGCCCUUUUUCUUUUUCUUUUUUCUUUUUCUUCUUUUGUGGUUGUUCCCUGGAGCUACCCUGCGGGGAGCUUUGGCUCCCUCUUGCCCCUUCCCUCAGCCCCACAGGGCUCUCCUCCAUACUUGUUCCUACAGUCUCCACAGCAAAAUGUGAUGCUUUUUGUUUUGUUUUGUUUUGUUUUUGUAUUGUUUUUGUUUUGAAAUUUUUUCUUUCCUACUAAGAUUAUGCCCAGAAAAAAGUUUUGCAUGUGUCCUGCUGUUUCUUCACACCUUCGUAUAUAUCACCUUCACCUCUCUGUUUUCUAUAGUUUGUGCAAAAACUGACCGAUUUAAAAGGGUUUCAAAGAAGCUGUUUUAAAUUGUUGUGGGGUUGAUUUUUUUUUUUUUUCCAAGAUUGUACUGUUUUAUUUUGAAGUGGCAACUUUCUCCUCUAUUGCCCUUAGAGUGUUUGCCUGUGCACUUAGACUGUCACCUCAUGCGGCCUCCAGGUCUCAGCAGGGCUCCCAGGAGGCUGGCUGCUCUGCUCAGGAGUGGGAAGACCCAAGAAGCAGAGCUGGAACCCGAAGGUGGCUAUGGGUGGACAGGAGGCUUAGCACAGUAGGGCUAGCACCCAGCAGAGGGAGGGUGCUCCUAACCACCAGAGGAUGCCGUCUGCACACUAAGCGGCUAUACAUCUGCUGCGCUUUUCCUAGGUGACAAGCACAAUACUACAGUCUUCACACUGUUUACAGCCCUGGGCACAAACCACCCCACACUGGCUCUUCACCACAGCUCUGCUCUUGCUUAGCUAGUGGGGUGGGGAUAAGGGCGGGGAUUUGUUUUUUAAAUUGGGUGAAGAGCCAAAUAGCUACUGUCCCUGGGUGCCAGGCCAGCUAGUUCUUUGGUUCCCUGAGGGGAACUUUCCCUCUUCUCUUGUGGCACCAUCCAGCCUCAGGGUCUUGAGGACUUGAGGAAGAAUGUGAAUGGAGGGGGAGAGGCCAGAGGAGAUGAGAGGGCAGGGGUGGAUCUGUGGAGGGAUAGCAGGGAAUGAGUUUAUAGCAGAUCCCACCCAGACCUACAUGCUGGUGGGAGGAGGAGCUGAGAAGCAGAAUUGUCCAGGGAAGGGUGGCAAGGUACAGCAAGGGACCUGGGGGUGGGUGGGUUAGAAGCACUGUUUAGCAUCAUUCACACUG